GCGCCCGGAGCCCCGAGUCGCCGCCCGCCCGUCGGGGACGGAUUCUAAGUGGGUGGAACGAGACUCCGCGGGCCGGCGGCGCGGCGCCGGGACGAGGGACGCGCGCGGGAGCCGAGAGCGGCGCGGGGCCCCGGCGCGUGAGCCGGGAGCGGGCGGCUCCGAGUGCCGGGGGCUCCCCCCUCCCCCGUGGAAAAGAGGGGGCGACUGUUGACUUCCUUCUCCGUGACACGCGCGCCUCCCGCGUCCGCACGCCGACUUGUUUAUCUGCCUCGCGGUGGGAGCCGCGGGCGGGCGCGCGGGCGCAGAGUUAAUAUUUACCAAUGGACUCCAAAGAAUCCUUAGCUCCCUCUGGUAGAGAAGAAGUCCCCAGCAGUUUGCUUGGCCGGGAGAGGGGAAACGUGAUGGACUUUUAUAAACCCCUAAGGGGAGGAGCUACAGCGAAGGUUUCUGCAUCUUUGCCCUCACUGGCUGCCACUUCUCAGAGAGAUUCCCAGCAACAGAGGCUUCUUCUUGAUUUUUCAAAAGGCUCUACAAGCAAUGCGCAGCAGCAGCAGCAGCAGCAGCAGCAGCAGCAGCAGCAGCAGCCGCAGCCGGAUUUGUCCAAAGCAGUUUCACUGUCCAUGGGACUGUAUAUGGGAGAGACAGAGACAAAAGUGAUGGGAAAUGACUUGGGAUUCCCACAGCAGGGCCAAACCAGCAUUUCCUCUGGGGAAACAGACUUUCGGCUUCUGGAAGAAAGUAUUGCAAACCUCAAUAGGUCGACCAGCGUUCCAGAGAACCCCAAGAGUUCAACAUCUGCCACUGGGUGUGCUACCCCCACAGAGAAGGAGUUUCCUAAAACUCCCUCUGAUGCGUCCUUGGAACAGCAAAAUCUGAGAAGCCAGGCUGGCGCCAACGGAGGCAGUGUGAAAUUGUAUACCACAGACCAAAGCACCUUUGACAUCUUGCAGGAUUUGGAGUUUUCUGCUGGGUCCCCAGGUAAAGACACAAACCAGAGUCCUUGGAGAUCAGACCUGUUGAUAGAUGAAAACUUGCUUUCUCCUUUGACAGGAGAUGAUGAUCCAUUCCUUUCGGAAGGGGAUGCAAAUGAGGACUGUAAGCCUCUUAUUUUACAGGACACUAAACCUAAAAUUAAGGAUACUGGAGAUACAGUCUUACCAAGCCCCAGCAGUGUGACACUGCCUCAAGUGAAAACAGAAAAAGAUGAUUUCAUUGAACUUUGCACCCCCGGGGUAAUUAAGCAAGAGAAACUGGGCCCAGCUUACUGUCAGGCAGGCUUUUCUGGGACAAAUAUAAUUGGUAAUAAAAUGUCUGCCAUUUCUGUCCAUGGCGUGAGCACCUCUGGAGGACAGGUGUAUCACUACGACAUGAAUACGGCGUCCCUUGCUCAGCAGCAGGAUCAGAAGCCUGUUUUUAAUGUCAUUCCGCCAAUUCCCGUUGGUUCCGAAAACUGGAAUAGGUGCCAAGGAUCUGGAGAAGACAACCUGACUUCCUUGGGGGCCGUGAACUUCCCUGGCAGAUCCGUUUUUUCCAAUGGAUAUUCAAGCCCUGGAAUGAGACCAGAUGUAAGCUCUCCUCCAUCUAGCUCCUCAACAGCGACGGGGCCGCCUCCCAAACUCUGCCUGGUGUGCUCUGAUGAAGCUUCAGGGUGCCACUAUGGAGUGCUGACAUGUGGAAGCUGUAAAGUGUUCUUCAAAAGAGCAGUGGAAGGUAGGCAGCACAAUUAUCUUUGUGCUGGAAGAAAUGAUUGUAUCAUUGAUAAAAUUCGAAGAAAAAACUGCCCAGCAUGCCGCUAUCGAAAAUGUCUUCAAGCUGGAAUGAACCUUGAAGCUCGAAAAACAAAGAAAAAAAUAAAAGGGAUUCAGCAAGCUACUCCAGGAGCCUCCCAAGACGCUUCGGAAAAUCCCAACAAAACAAUAGUUCCAGCAACAUUACCACAACUUACUCCUACCUUGGUGUCACUGCUGGAGGUGAUUGAACCUGAGGUGAUAUUUUCAGGAUAUGAUAGCUCUAUUCCAGAUUCAUCUUGGAGACUUAUGUCCACACUCAACAUGUUAGGUGGGCGCCAAGUGAUUGCAGCAGUGAAAUGGGCAAAGGCAAUACCAGGAUUCAGGAACUUACACCUGGAUGACCAAAUGACCCUCCUGCAAUACUCAUGGAUGUUCCUCAUGGCAUUUGCCCUGGGUUGGAGAUCAUACAAACAAGCAGGGGGAAGCCUGCUGUGCUUUGCUCCUGAUCUGAUUAUUAAUGAGCAGAGAAUGACUCUACCCUGCAUGUUUGACCAAUGUAAACACAUGCUGUUUGUGUGCUCUGAGUUACAAAGGCUGCAGGUGUCCUAUGAAGAGUAUCUCUGUAUGAAGACCUUACUGCUUCUCUCCACAGUUCCUAAGGAAGGUCUGAAGAGCCAGGAGUUAUUUGAUGAAAUCCGAAUGACCUAUAUCAAAGAGCUAGGAAAAGCCAUUGUCAAAAGGGAAGGAAAUUCCAGUCAGAACUGGCAGCGGUUUUAUCAACUGACAAAACUUCUGGACUCCAUGCAUGAUGUGGUUGAAAAUCUACUUACCUACUGCUUCCAAACAUUUUUGGAUAAGACCAUGAGUGUUGAAUUCCCAGAGAUGUUGGCUGAAAUCAUCACUAACCAGAUACCAAAAUAUUCAAAUGGAAAUAUCAAAAAGCUUCUGUUUCAUCAAAAAUGACUGCCUUACUAAGAAAGGUUGCCUUAAAGAAAGUUCAUAGCUUUUACUGUACAAACUUAUCAAUUUGUCUUGUAGAUGUUUUGUUGUUUUUUGUUUUUGUCUUGUUUUGUUUUAAAUACGCACUACAUGUGGUUUAUAGAGGGCCAAGAGUUGGCAAACAGAAGCAGUUGAGCCCUCACUUUCAAGUGAUGGGAAAGCAGACAGUGCAGUGUAUUGGUUGGUGUGUAACAGAAACUAGAAACAGUUCUGUGGAGGCACGUCCAUCUCAGAGAAGGACCGCACCUAAGCCACCAGUGCCCAAAGUCCAUGUGAUCAACUUCUGCCCAUACUUUCAGUUGGCUGGAUGAAACUUUCUAGACUUUCUGUUGGUGUAUUUUUCCCAUGUAUAGUUAGUAUAGUAUUUUGAUUUAUGCAUGGAAACCUGAAAAAAGUUUACAAGUGUAUAUCAGAAAAGGGAAGUUGUGCCUUUUAUAGCUAUUACUGUCUGGUUUUAACAAUUUCCUUUAUAUUCAGUGAACUAUGCUUGCUCGUUUUUCUUAAAUAAUUUUUGUAUUCCAGUUAUUGUACAGCUGUUUAAGAUGGGCAGCUGGUUCGCAGCUCUCCUAGACGCUAACAUUAAUCUCCGUGUGAAAAUGGGUCGGUGCUCCUCCCCUGAUGGCACUCAGCUAUCAGAAGACCACAGAAAUUGACUCAGAUCUCCAGUAUUCUUGUCAAAAGCUCUUACUCUGUAUAUAUCUGCUUCCACGGAGAAUUAUAUAGGUUGUGCAGAGUAACCGUCCUAACUGGUGUAGCGCACCUAGUCCAGUGACCUGCUGGGAAAAACUGUGGACGAUGGUUACAGAAGACUAAUAGUUACACAGUAACUACCAAAAGGCCCCUGCUCACACCUAACGCCCCAUUUCUACAGUGUCCAGAUAGCAACAAAGUUUGUAAAUCAGUUCUUUCAGGACCUUCUGGAGUGGUUUGUGUAACAUCUUAAAGUUGUUAUUCCCAAUAACCAGCUGUGAUAAAGCUGAGAGAUUGUUUUAAUCAGACCAAGUAACUUCUCUCAUUAAACUUUACCCCCAAACUAAAUCUCUAACAUGGCAAGAAUGGCUAGACACCCAUUUUCACAUCCCCACCUGUCACCAAUUGGUCUAGCUUUCCUGGUGGUACAGGAAAAUCAGCUACUGAUUUCUGUUAUUUAGAACUGACUGUCAGGCAUCCAUGUUUGUCCAAUACACAUCCCUACAUGUGCCAUAGAAUUUAACACAAGUCUUGUGAACUUCACACUGAGAAUUAAGAGAACAGAAGCUGUAGUAGCCCUUUCUGUGUGCACCUUACCAACUUUCUGUGAACUCAAAGCUUAACACACUUGCUAAGCCACAAGAAAUCUGAUUUCUACUUAAGGUGGCCAAAUUAUUUGUGUAAUAGAAAACUGAAAAUCUAAUAUUAAAAAUAUGAAACUUCUAAUAUAUUUUUGUAUUUAGUUAUAGUUUCAGAUAUAUAUCAUAUUGGUAUUCACUAAUCUGGGAAGGGAAGGGCUACUGCAGCUUUACAUGCAAUUUAUUAAAAUGACUGUAAAAUAGCUGUAUAGUGUAAAAUAAGAAUGAUUUUUAGAUGAGAUUGUUUUAUCAUGACAUGUUAUAUUUUUUGUAGGGGUCAAAGAAACGUUGAUGGAUAUCCUAUAUGAUUUAUAGUGUGUAAGAGCAUCAUACAGGCCUCAGUGCCCUUAGAUAUCAAAGCAGGUUUGCCGUAAGGUGGAAAGAGGGAGCUAGAGACUGGCCCUGCGCGCAGUGGAGGUUCUGAGGCUUUGACCCAGUCAGCUCACAAGGAGCUGAUUCCCCACCUCCCGUUCUAACCAUCCUUACCCAGCCAUGACCCUGUCAGUGCAGGAUAGUUCAUUAAGUUUCCCUUUGAGCUAACAAUCAGGACAGAGGGGUGGCGUUACGUAGUUACGGGCACCAUCUGCCAACGGGGUCAUGUUCACACGCAGCCUCCCCACAGGCUAACAGAAACAGAGGCUUUCGACGUUUGGCAAUAAUAUGCAUAGAGGUACCAGCAAUAUGUAAAUACUACAGAAUCCCAUAGGAAGCCAAUAAUACACUAAUCCUUUCUAUCCUACAAUAGUCCAUUUCCAAGUAAAAUGAGGACAUGUUUUCUUUGAAUGCUUAUUGAAUGUUGUUAUUUUCAGUAUUUUACAGAAAUUAUUUAAUAAAAAAAUGUAAUCGUUUGCUUUUUGAAUUCUCUCUAAAAGGGAAUGUUCACUUUGUAAUGGUUUAAAUUGGUCUCAAAGUACUUUAAGAUAAUUGUAACCCAGCUGGAUGUGAAAUUUAUGGUGCCUAAGAAAUACCACUUGAAUAUUAUCAAUGACAGUGUUAAGGUUCAAAAUGAACUUCUCAAAAAUAGAUUAUUGUACAUUUAUGGAAUGUUAUAUGGUUAAAAAGCAGAAAGCACAUCACACAUAAAUCUACUUUCAGUCCCAACCAGCUUGGCUUUCAAAAAAUAGAGCUCCAAAAAAGAAAAAGAAAGAUGUAUGCACUUUGUUAUUAGUAGAAGGGAACAGACAUUCAUAAAACUAUUAUAGAAGGCUCUCCAUUUUAAAUGUAGAAAGAGCUGUGCUCCUUUGGUAUGUAAGGAAGAAGAAAGCUGUUAUUAUUCUGAUUGAGUAUAAGUGAGAAAGAUAUGGUACUGUUUGAGUGCAGCUUAGUUUUUGUGUAUGGCUUCAUAUCGUUCCAAACUAGAUUUUAUAACUUCAGUGAGAGUUGGUGACAUGCCUACAUGACUCAGAACACAUCUUGAAAAGUAUCUUUAGUUACUGGUAGGAAAAUAAAGGGACAUUCUGGGUAUUUUAGGCAUUGACUUGGGAUACUGUAUAAGUAGAAGAGAGGCGACAGGAAGCUUGGGGAAGGGAAGGGAACCUAAGAAGCACUGCCUUCUUUUAGGAAAAACAAAACAACAAGCCAGACCAUCCCAAAGGAACAAGGGACAUGUUUAGUGUGUGGCGUUCCCUGGUGAUGAGUGCAGGGUGAAUUCUGGCAAGCAUGUGGAGCAGCCAGCCUCAUCAGCAGAGUAAGAAGAGGACAGGGCUGGGGUGAGACAGGACAAGCCAUUCCAGCUGGACACGGGUCCCAGAAUUUGCUCCCUCUUGUGUACAAUGAGGCAGUAUCACCGCAGGGUGAACCAUGGUAUUGUUCUUUGAUCGUCAGCCCUCAGAGCUCACGGCAGCCUUCCGGGGCUUUGGAUCUUGGUUGGUCACCCCAACAGUAAGCUGUAGCUGAAUGUGUUUCUUAUGUGCCUGGUUUCAGUGUUAGGUGAAAUGGAGUGUGCAAAAGACACUGCAAACCACUUCAGAUGAAAGGUUUCUCACUUUCCAGACUGUUUUCAGUCAGCCUGGUCUAUCAGGAUUGGUGACCAGGUUUCCAGGAAAGGGUUGGCUUCUAUCUAGAACAUGCCUGAAAGGAUUUUAUUUUCUGAUAAAUGGCUGUAUGAAAAUACCCUCCUAAAUAACCUGCUUAACUACAUAUAGAUUUCAGUGUGUCGAUAUUCUAUUUUGUAUAUUAAACAAAUGCUAUAUAAUGGGGACAAAUCUAUAUUAUACUGUGUAUGGCAUUAUUAAAAGCUUUUUCAUUAUUUUUAUCACAGUAAUUUUUAAAUGUGUAAAAAUUAAAAACCAGUGACUCCUGUUUAAAAAUAAAAGUUGUAGUUUCUUAUUCAUGCUGAAUAACCUGUAGUUUAAAAAACUGUCUUUUUACCUACACAGUGAAAUGUCAGACUGUAAAAUUUUGUGUGGAAAUGUUUAACUUUUAUUUUUCAUUUAAAUUUGCUGUUCUGGUAUUACCAAACCACACAUUUGUACUGAAUUGGCAGUAAAUGUUAGUCAGCCAUUUACAGCAAUGCCAAAUAUGGAUAAACAUCAUAAUAAAAAUAUCUGCUUUUUCA